CGAAGCACAAAUGGCAGCAGCUAACGCUCUGCAAAUAAGCCCAUUCUCUUCUCCAAUACCCAACACAAACUCUCCUCUCUUUCCCAUACCCCUGUGCACCUCUCUCAGAGAGCUCAAGCAAAUCCAAGCUCUCACCAUCAAAACCCACCUCCAGAAUGACACCGCUGUCCUCUCCAAGCUCAUCAGUUUCUGUACUCUUAAUCCCAGUGGGGCCUCCAUGGACCACGCCCAAAACCUGUUCGAUCAAAUUCCCCAACCUGACAUUGUGGUCUUCAACUACAUGGGCCGCGGCUACGCCCGCUCCGAUACCCCUCUUCGAGCCAUUGUUCUCUUUGCUGAUAUUCUAUGCUCUGGCGUCGCCCCUGAUGACUAUACCUUCCCGUCCCUCCUCAAGGCGUGCGCAGGCUCUAAGGCUUUGCAAGAAGGUAAACAAUUGCAUUGCCUUGCUAUCAAACUUGGGUUCAACCAAAAUGUAUAUGUAUGCCCUACAUUGAUAAAUAUGUAUACCGAAUGCAAUGAUGUGGAUGCAGCUCGCCGUGUUUUUGAUAAGAUAACAGAGCCUUGUGUUGUAUCUUAUAAUGCAAUAAUCACGGGUUAUGCUCGAAGUAGUCGGCCCAAUGAGGCAUUGUCAUUGUUCCGAGAAUUGCAAGCAAGCAAUCUCAAGCCUUCUGAUGUAACUAUGCUUAGUGUUCUUUCAUCUUGUGCUUUGUUAGGAGCAUUAGACUUGGGGAGGUGGAUACAUGAGUAUGUUAAGAAGAACGGUUUUGAUAAAUAUGUAAAGGUAAACACUGCACUUAUAGAUAUGUAUGCAAAGUGUGGAAGCCUGGAUGAUGCAGUGUCUGUCUUUGAGAACAUGUCUGUUAGAGAUACACAGGUCUGGUCAGCAAUAAUUAUGGCAUAUGCAACUCAUGGGCAUGGUUCAAAAUCCAUAUUAAUGUUUGAAGAAAUGAAGAAGGCGAGAGUGCAACCUGAUGAGAUUACAUUUUUGGGUCUUUUAUAUGCUUGCAGCCACAAUGGCUUAGUAGACGAAGGUUGUGGGUAUUUCUACAGUAUGAUUGACAAGUAUGGGAUUAUUCCUGGGAACAAGCACUAUGGAUGUAUGGUGGAUUUGUUAGGUCGAGCUGGGCGCUUAGAUGAGGCUUAUAAGUUCAUAGAUCAAAUGCCAAUCAAGCCCACUCCCAUACUUUGGCGAACCUUGUUAUCUGCUUGUAGCAGCCAUGGCAAUGUAGAAUUGGCGAAGCAAGUGAUUGAACGAAUUUUUGAACUGGAUGACUCUCAUGGUGGCGACUAUGUGAUCCUAUCAAACUUGUGUGCAAGGGCUGGGAGAUGGGAAGAUGUGAAUUGUUUGAGGAAAUGGAUGAAAGAUAAAGGGGUGGCAAAGGUGCCUGGGUGUAGCUCAGUGGAGGUGAACAAUGUAGUGCAUGAAUUCUUCGCUGGGGAGGGGGUUCAAUUUGUAUCUACAGAUUUGCUCCGAGCACUUGAUGAGUUAGUCAAGGAAUUGAAGUUGGUUGGGUACAUUCCUGAUACUUCUUUAGUCUUUCAUGCAGACAUGGAAGAUAAAGACAAAGAAAUUACUCUAAGAUAUCAUAGUGAGAAAUUGGCUAUUACUUUUGGGCUCCUAAACACUCCCCCUGGUACAACAAUUCGGGUGGUGAAGAACCUACGAGUAUGUGGGGAUUGCCAUUCUGCUGCUAAACUUAUAUCAUUGAUCUUUGAUAGGCAGAUAAUACUUAGAGAUGUCCAACGAUUCCAUCAUUUCAAGGAUGGGAAGUGCUCUUGUGGGGAUUACUGGUAGUAGAAUUUGCUGUUAGCAGCAAACAAGAUCAAUUUCAUGUUCGAGCUUGUAGAUAUCAGCUUGGGAUCAUUAUUGGUUUGUUUCGGCUACUGAUGUACUUUGAGAUCCAUCAAUUCGAAAAGGUCCACUAUUGUCCAAGUCAUACUAUGCUAGCUGAUGGCGCAAUUUUUCUACCAUUGCAAUGCAGACAACCUUACAUAGAGGAGGCUGCACAUCCACCUGUUCCAAAUAGCCUGGGGUGCCGAACGGGUACCUAUCCCACUUACAAAAUAAACAGUUAGCUUAAAGAUUUUCACGAGAAAUAACAUCCUUGAACUGGGAAGUAUUUAUUUUGUCAUCCCAAAACAAGUUAUGUAUCAAAUUCUUCAAAUACAGAAGAAAAAAUGAUAUCUGGUGAUUUGUUGGUCUUGAGUAAUGCUACAAGCCCUUCUUGUGUCACUCAAAAAAUGAUGUGGUUCUUAAAAUCAUCAUUGGGCUUAUAAUUGAUCAUUAUUUGAUUUUAAUCAAAUGAUAAUUUUAAGAGGCACAUCAUUCUUGGAGAGAUACAAGAGGGACUUAUAGAAUUACUCGUUGGUCUCUCCAUGAUAAGGUAAUAACAUGGGCGUCCCCUCAACCUCACCAAGUUCUACCAUCCUUCGGCUAAUAUAUAGCUAUGAGGUUGAGAGGGGAUUUUUCCUUGGGUUGUUCAGUUAAGUGUUGUUUGGUUGAGCUUUGGCCGAACGGUGAUAGGAGAAUAAAGAAAGAAUAUUUAAAUGGUAUAGAAGAAAGAUUAAGGAAAACUAUCAUACAAUAUGUACGAUAUAUGUUAUGUAUUGCAAUUGCGUAUUAAGUUUCACCAGUCUGAGACAUUCUAAUU